AUGAGCCUCCUGAAAUGGUUCUAUACUGAAAUCGGGUCGGGCAAUCCUCCACCUCACUUGGUUUACUAUGCGCUGCGCGGUGGAAUGUUCCUAUUGAGUUUCGUGCUGGAAGAUUGGGCGAUCUAUGAGCUAGUGCCUUCCCCGCGUCAUCGGCGCGCGAUGGUGGUGCUGGUGGCUUCGUCGUAUGUCACCUGGACAUAUCAGACGCACACAUUCUCCAACAGCCUCGAGACCCUGUUGGUUGCCUGGGGGCUGGUUCUGAUUCGGCGCAUUGUUGACAAUAAGCGACACACGUCUUUCUUCUCCAACGCCCUGCUCGCCUUCAUCGCUGUGCUGGGCGUCUUCAACCGCAUCACUUUCCCGGCUUUCCUUCUGUUCCCAGGCCUGCAAUUGCUACCUCAGUUCAAGCGCAAACCACUCUCGCUCGCGGCAUUCCUUCUCUUCGGUCUCCUCUUCUCCUUCAUUGCAGUCUACACAGACACAACCUUCUACCGACCGACAGCAUCCCUCCUCAGCACCUUCCGCGACCCCAUAAUAACUCCCCUCAACAACCUGCUCUACAACUCCGACACUUCCAACCUUGCCCAGCACGGUCUCCAUCCACACCACCAACACUUCACUGCAAACCUCUUCCAACUGCUUGGUCCUGCAUACAUCGCCAUGCUAGUCUCCCUCUUCAACUGGCCACUGGUAGUACCAUACUGGAUGCGCAAUGUGCGCGCUCUUUCCGCGCUCUCUGCAACAAUGCUCCUCUCCCUAUUCCCGCACCAAGAACCACGCUUCCUCCUCCCAGCCGUGCCCCUCCUCCUCAGCUGUGUCCCCAUGCUCCGCUCCCGCCUCCUCCUCAUCGUGUGGGUCAUCUUUAACGCAGCCAUGGGCUUCCUCAUGGGCGUCUAUCAUCAAGGCGGCGUCGUCCCGACACAGCUAGCAAUGCGCGACAUCGUCUCAUCCAGUACAACCCACCACAUCCCAUCCGCGACGGUGUUCUGGUGGAAAACAUACUCCCCACCUCUGUGGCUUCUCGGUGGUAACAACCAAUCCACAGAGAUCCAGACAGAGGAUCUCAUGGGAAUGUCAGGCGACGAGAUGAUGCUUCAGCUGGAGCUGGUUGUACCCAGCUGCUCAACUCCAUCGUCCAUAUUCCUAGUCGCGCCUACAUCAGCUUCUUUUCUGGACCCAUACGCCGUGUCUGCACGUGAAAGCCGAGACCAGAGCUUGCAACUUCAUCCCCUUUGGUCCUAUCGCAAACACCUCAACCUCGAUGACAUGGACUUCGGCGAGGAUGGAAUCAUUCCAACUUUGCAACGGGUCGUUGGACGCCGUGGACUGGGUGUUUGGUCUGUGCGGAGAUCUUGCAAAUAA